AUGGACGAAAGUUAUUCAUAUGAGAUGGAUAGUCAACAGGACUAUUCUUCUAUGGCCAUGCAAGGCAUGUUGCAUGACACGUCCAUUCACUCUGUCGAGGAAGUCUUAGAAGACGAAGAUCAGUUGCAGUAUCAAGAUUAUGGUGAAGAGGGUUACGAAGAAGAUUCCGAAUUACAACCUGAUAUAUCGCAAGAAGAUUGUUGGACGGUGAUCUCUUCUUUCUUCCACGAGAAGGGACUUGUCCGACAGCAGCUUGACUCUUUUGACGAGUUUGUAGAAAACACGAUGCAAGAAAUCGUUGACGAAAACAAGAACCUUGUUCUACAAACUGUAUCCGGAAGUCAGGGGGGUGAUGGAGACAAGCCAAAACGAUUCUAUAUUCGAUUUGGUCAAGUAUAUCUUUCGAAACCUACCAUGACCGAAUCUGACGGUAGUGUUUCUGCAAUGUUUCCUCAAGAAGGCCGCCUGAGAAAUCUUACUUAUGCUUCACCUCUUUAUGUUAACAUGAAAAAGGAAACAUUAUCGACGGAUCCUAGAUCUAUCGAAAACAGAGAAAAGGCUACCUUAAACGAAAUGUUUGACGAAAACUCAUUGGAGGAUGAUCCAAACGAAAGUUCUUAUGAUAAAGUGUUUGUUGGAAAGAUCCCGGUCAUGUUAAAGUCUACAUUUUGUAUAUUGAACGGUCUAGAUGAUAAAAGUCUUUACGCUCUAAACGAAUGCCCUUACGAUCAGGGUGGCUAUUUUAUAAUAAAUGGUUCCGAGAAAGUUUUGAUUGCACAAGAGAGAAUGGCUACAAAUACUGUAUAUGUGUUUGUAAAAUCGCCUCCCUCGCCUUAUUCAUACACUGCAGAAAUUAGAAGCUCAAUGGAAAAAGGAUCCAAAGUAGCAAGCACCUUGUUCGUUAAACUUUUAGCAAGGACGGCUGAAAAAGGGUCAACAGGGCAAUCUAUCCAGGCGACUAUACCGUACAUAAAGAAGGACGUUCCGGUCGUGAUUGCAUUUCGUGCUCUUGGUGCAGUCUCGGAUCAAGACUUUUUACAAUAUGUUUGCUACGAUCCGAAUGAUAACCAAAUGCUGGAAGCCUUAAAACCUUGCAUUGAGGAUGCUUUUGCUAUUCAGAGUUCUGAAGUUGCAGCAGAUUGGAUUGGGCGUAGAGGCACAACCACCGGUGCAACAAGAGAUAAGCGUAUAAAAUAUGCAAAGGAGAUCUUGCAGAAAGAAUUGUUGCCUCACGUUUCCGUGGAGUUUGGUUGUGAAAAACGCAAAGCAUUCUUUCUUGGAUAUAUGGUGCACAGACUGUUACUUGCUUCCCUUGGACGCCGAGAAUUGGAUGACCGUGAUCAUUAUGGGAAGAAAAGAAUGGAUCUGGCAGGUCCACUAUUGGCCUCGUUAUUUCGCAUGUUGUUUAAGAAACUUACCAAGGAUGUUUCGAUGCACUUGAAGAAGUGUAUAGACACGAAUCGAGAAUUUAAUUUAAAUUUAGCGAUUAAGGCACAAACUAUUACUAAUGGUCUAAAAUACUCGCUUGCAACUGGUAAUUGGGGCGAUCAAAAAAAGGCCAUGCAGGCCCGCGCAGGGGUAUCCCAAGUGCUUAACCGGUAUACGUUUGCUUCGACCCUAUCCCAUCUCAGGAGAUGUAACACGCCUAUUGGAAGAGAUGGAAAGAUUGCCAAGCCUCGACAGUUGCAUAAUACACAUUGGGGCAUGGUGUGUCCCGCCGAGACUCCGGAAGGUCAAGCUUGUGGUCUUGUUAAGAAUCUUUCAUUGAUGUCUUAUAUAUCCGUUGGAAGUCCAUCAAAACCGAUUAUAGAUUUUUUGGAGGAAUAUGGAAUGAUCAACUUAAAUCAACAAUUUGAUCCAGCAAACAUAAAAGAUAACGCUAAAGUUUUUGUUAACGGUAAAUGGGCAGGUAUUUCUACUACGCCAGAGCAAUUGGCGUCCACAUUAAAAAAUUUAAGGAGAAAUUCAGAUGUAAGCCCUGAAGUUAGUAUUGUUAGAGACAUUCGCGAGAAAGAGUUAAGGAUAUACACGGAUGCUGGUAGAGUGUGUAGGCCUUUGUUCAUUGUUGAAAAUGAACGUUUAAAGAUAACUAAAGCUCAUGUACAAAGUCUGGGGGUUCAUAAAAUCAAAAACCGACGAUCCGGGAAUCAAUAUGAACAAGACGAUGAAUAUACAGAUGACGAGGAGGAUAUAAUGGAGGAUAUUAUGGACGAACAAGAUGGCGGAUUAGAUGCACCUCGUAGGAGAAGGUCAAAGAAAAACCAAGAUCAAAUUGUAUGGCACGAUUUAAUUGGUAAUAACCUUAUAGAGUACAUUGACGCCGAGGAGGAAGAGACAGUGAUGAUUUGUAUGACACCUGAGGAUCUAGCAGCAUCAAGGCGAUAUCAUGAAACGGGCAUAAUACCACAAUCGGAUGGGAAGGACAUUGCUGCACGUGUUAAAAGUGAAACAGCUUUAUAUAUACACACCUUCACGCACUGUGAAAUACAUCCAAGUAUGAUACUUGGCAUAUGUGCGAGCAUUAUUCCAUUUCCAGAUCACAAUCAAUCUCCACGUAACACCUAUCAAUCUGCUAUGGGAAAACAAGCUAUGGGCAUUUACGUAACAAAUUAUCAGCUAAGAAUGGACACUUUAGCUAAUAUUUUAUAUUAUCCACAAAAACCAUUGGUAACCACAAGAUCGAUGGAAUUCCUAAGAUUCCGCGAAUUGCCAGCAGGACAAAAUGCUAUCGUGGCAAUUCUUUGUUAUAGUGGAUAUAAUCAGGAAGACUCUGUUAUCAUGAAUCAAAGUAGUAUUGAUAGAGGAUUAUUCAGAAGUAUUUUCUACAGGAAUUACAUGGAUCAGGAAAAGAAAGUGGGUAUGUUAAAAAUGGAAGAAUUUGAGAAACCCACGAGAGAAAGUGUACUUCGCCUUAAACACGGGACGUAUGAAAAAUUGGAAGACGAUGGUUUAAUUGCUCCUGGUACAAGAGUGUCUGGAGAUGACAUAAUUAUUGGAAAAGUUAUACCGAUUCCUGAUGAUACUGUCGAGCUUGGUCAGAGGUUACCUACACACAGGAAAAGAGAUGCUUCCACUCCUAUGAGAAGCACAGAAAAUGGAAUCGUUGAUCAAGUGAUGGUGACAACAAAUGCGGAAGGAAUGAAAUUUGUGAAAGUAAGAGUUAGAAGUACGAGAGUGCCGCAGAUGGGAGAUAAGUUCGCAAGUAGACACGGUCAGAAGGGUACCAUUGGUAUUACAUAUCGACAGGAGGAUAUGCCAUUUACUGCAGAAGGAAUUACCCCUGAUCUUGUUAUUAAUCCACACGCAAUUCCGAGUCGUAUGACAAUCGGGCAUUUAGUCGAAUGUUUAUUAGGCAAGGUUUCAACAAAAACUGGAAACGAAGGUGAUGCCACGCCAUUUACGGAUGUGACGGUUGAGGCCAUCUCCCAAAGUUUGAAAAGUGUGGGAUACCAAUCUCGAGGUUUCGAGGUCAUGUAUAAUGGUCACACGGGACGUAAGCUGGCUGCCCAAGUUUUCCUAGGACCUACGUACUAUCAACGUUUAAAGCAUAUGGUUGAUGAUAAAAUUCAUUCUACGCAAAACGUUAGUUCUCGUGCCAGAGGUCCCGUACAAAUUCUCACGCGACAGCCUGUUGAAGGUCGUAGUCGAGAUGGUGGAUUGCGAUUUGGUGAAAUGGAACGCGAUUGUAUGAUAUCUCAUGGUGUGGCAAUGUUCUUAAAAGAGCGAUUAUUUGACGCGUCAGACGCUUAUCGUAUUCAUGUCUGUGACUUAUGUGGACUGAUGGCUAUCGCAGACCUUAAAAAGAACGUUUUUGAUUGUAAGGCCUGUAAAAAUACCACGCAGAUAUCACAAGUUCAUAUUCCGUAUGCUUGCAAACUGUUAUUCCAAGAGUUAAUGGCCAUGAAUAUUUCCCCCCGACUAUUUACUUAA